UGUAAGAGAACAGAGUUGAGGGGUUGUACCUGUGGUUAAUGGAUAACCGUUAAAGCAUACUUGCACUUUGUUUCACCAAAUAAUAGAUGUAGUUUUCAGACAACAUUUGACUCAAGCUGAGAGGUUGUUAUUCCAGACAAUUCUGAAGAGGAGUCAUGGUCUUCAAUGGGAUUAAAAUGCUUGUUGUUUUUGCACUAACCUGCAUGUGCUUCAUUGUUCCUGUGCAUCAAUCUCUAUUGCCAAAUGCCACCAUCCUGGAUCUUUCCUACAAAAACAUGGACUUUGCUAUGAACCUUUACAGAAAAAUUGCCAACUAUCAUGACAAGAACAUCUUCUUUUCACCGUUGAGUGUUUCUACAAGUUUUGCUGCUCUCCUAAUGGCUAGUGACGGCAUCACACACCAGGAGAUCCUCAAGGUAUGCAACCUGGAGCAGUUUGAGAUGGUCGACCAGCCGCAGCUUAUCCCAAGACUUUUCCAAGACCUUCAAGAAAACAUCUCACGCAACGGCUCUCUGCAGCUGGAGCAAAGCAUGGCUCUGUUUAUCCGACAGCGCUUUGAAGUCGAGAAGACAUUUCAAGACAAUUUGAAGAAUUUUUUUCAAGCGGACAUCAAUGUUUUAAACUUUGGAAACACAAAGGACAGUAUCAAAACCAUCAAUGACUAUGUUAGACAGAAGACUGCAGACAAGGUUCCAGAAAUGAUUUCCACUUUAAAUGCAAUGACUAAACUCCUGCUGAUCAACACUAUUUUCUUCCAGGGAGUUUGGCAGAUACCUUUUAAUCCUAAUUUUACUGAAAAUGCACCAUUCCAUAUUGACAACUACAAUAUUGUACAAGUUCCUAUGAUGUUUGUAGAGGAUAAAUUCUACACAAUGGAGGAUGAACCUCUAGGAGCUAGAGUCCUCAAGUUACCGUAUAAGGAGGGUGUUUCCAUGCUGAUCCUGCUCCCCAACAAAAAAACAGACUACACUACAAUUGAUAAUGAGAUCACGGCCCAGAGGUUCCUGAGUUGGAUCAGAAAUCUGGAACCAAUGAAACUUGAAGUCAACAUGCCAAAGUUCAAGAUGGAGCGGGCCUACUCUUUGCACAACAUCCUGCCAGAAAUGGGCAUGAGCUCACUUUUCACUGAUUUCGCCAAUCUGACAAGGCUUAGCAAGGCUCAAGCCCUCAGGGUUUCAGAGGUGCUGCACAAAGCUGUAAUUGAAGUUGAUGAAGUUGGGACAACUGCUGCAGCUGCCACUGCAACCGGCAUUAUACCAUAUGCCCUUCCAAGGAGAUUUACUAUCAACAGGCCGUUCUUCUUCUUUAUUUACCACGAGGAAACAAACGCUCUGCUGUUUAUGGGUAGAGUGAUAAACCCCACCAAAAACUAGUAAUGUUGUCUCUGUUGCUGUUUGAGCUCUGCUGUAGCUAUGAAUGACGUUUUACUUCUGCUUUCUGUUUGAAAUUCCGAAGGCCUGUUCUGUAAAAUCCUCCAGUCAAGCCUUAAACAAAUAUUUACUUUGAUUCUUGUCUUUGUAUUUAAUCAAUUUUAUUUAAUCAUGCUUUGCUUUGUUACAACUGGUGCUUUGAUAACUAUUAAAAAUGUAAUCAUGCAAAAUUAGUUAAAAAAAAAAUAAUAAUAAAUGUUUUCCAGAGUUUACCAUCAGUUGCUUUUCUAGUGUGUAGUCAAUAAACAACUUACUGAUUAGUACAACUAA